CCGCAAUGCAAACAAAGCAAACUCACAAGCCUAUCAUGGUUAUCGAUUAUCACUGAUUUUCUUCCCCUCCAAACCAAAGCCAAUUUGAAUUCAUUCUCAAAAAUUAAUUCAAAAUGGCGCCCUCACCCUGUUUCCACUGCCAAAACAACCGGGCAGUAAUAGUCCGGCCAAAGAACCGCGAAAAGCUCUGCCGAACCUGUUUCCUCCAUGUUUUCGAAACCGAAGUCCACGAAACAAUCACCAGCACCUCCCUCUUCUACCCUGGGGAACGGGUCGCCAUCGGUGCCAGCGGUGGAAAAGACAGCACUGUCCUUGCCUCCGUCCUGAAGACUCUAAACGAGCGCUACGGCUAUGGCCUUGAUCUCUGCCUUCUCUCUAUCGACGAGGGAAUCAAAGGUUAUCGCGACGACAGUCUAGAGACAGUCAAACGCAACGCAGAGCAAUAUGACAUGCCACUGGAGAUUGUCGGCUACGACGAGUUAUACGGGUGGACGAUGGACCAGGUCGUGGCGCAGGUGGGCAAGAAAGGCAACUGCACAUACUGCGGGGUGUUCCGACGCCAGGCGCUAGACCGCGGUGCGGCGCGAUUGGGCAUCAAGCAUGUUGUUACGGGGCAUAAUGCGGAUGAUGUUGCGGAGACGGUUAUGAUGAAUCUGCUGCGGGGUGAUUUGCCGCGCUUGUCGAGGGGUACGAGUAUCGUUACGGAUUCGGCUGCGUCGGAUAUCAAGCGCAGUAAGCCUUUGAAGUAUGCGUAUGAGAAGGAGAUCGUGCUCUAUGCCCACCAUAAACAACUGGAUUACUUCAGUACCGAGUGUAUCUACUCUCCCGAGGCGUUUCGAGGUAGUGCGCGGACGCUGAUUAAGGAUUUGGAGAAGAUUCGGCCCAGCUCGAUCUUGGAUAUUGUUAAGAGUGGGGAGGACAUGGCGGAGCUUGUCCCUGCGGAGGUUAAGGGUAAAACCUGUGCUAGAUCUGCGGAUGAUGAAUCGGCUGGUGGAUGUGGAAGCCAGAAUGGCCGGACGCGUGGUGGCGAAAUGGCGGAGAUGGAAAAGAAGUUGGCUGAUGAUGAAGCGGCGGAGUCGAGAGAGGUUGAGAUCAAACUGCCAGCACAGAGUGUUCUACUCCCUCGUAAGAAGCAGAAUAAGGGGACUAAGGGUUCAACACAGAAGACUAUCAAGACACAAACGAUGGGCACAUGCGAGCGGUGCGGAUAUAUAUCGAGUCAGAAGAUUUGCAAGGCAUGCAACCUGCUCGAAGGACUGAAUAAGAACCGGCCCAAGACGGCGAUCGAAGUGGGCGUGGGGUUAGAAGAUGAAGAGAGCAGCAGCACACUCAUGCGACAGAUGGAACGGGUCCAACUGGGUGGCUGAUACAGUCAACCUGAUAUCAACCAGUUCUUUCCGUCGUAGAUCCCCUGAUCGCUACAUCCAGACACAUGUACAGCCUACAGCUGUCCCCACUGGCCGACAACUAUCGUCCACACAUAAGGCCCGUCAUCCAGUGUGGAGAAUACCCUCCGCGACACCGCACGGCCCGCUAUAUAUACAUGGUGCAAAACCAAAGACAUCACGAAGACAGACGCACAAUCAAUGAACGGACUUCACAUGAAUUAUAUAGUCAGUCAGUCAGAUACCAUAGAAUAAUAUACAAUCUAUAAAUGACACAGU